CAAUACGACAACGCGCCGUUUCUGGACGGAAACGCACGCUUGAUGCCAGCUUCGGUUUGUGGGCAAAAUUAUCAGUGAAAAACGGCUUCAUUUUUGUCUGUUCCUCACACAAAACAAAGAACAUUUGGGAUACAGAGCUUAAGUCAUAUUGACUACUUUUUUGAAACUUGUAUGGUACUUUUUGGUGUCAUUGCCGGACUUUGUCACCGAGUGAAGAUUCCUCAAGAGUUCACAGGUUUGAAUCGAAAUGAGGCAGUAACCCCGAUCAACUGCAGCUAUGGGUGAAAUGGAACAGAUGAAAAAGGAGGCCGAAGGCCUGAAGACACAGAUUGAGGCAGCUCGCAAAGCAGUCAAUGACACAGACAUGGCUUCGGCCGCUUCUGGGGUGGCCCCGGCCCCUCGGGUCCAACUCAAGACUAGGAGGACCCUCAAAGGCCACCUGGCCAAAAUCUAUGCCAUGCAUUGGAGUACGGACAACAGGCUAAUGGUCAGUGCAUCACAGGAUGGCAAACUUCUCAUCUGGGAUUCUCACUCUGGAAAUAAGGUCAAUGCUGUUCCCCUCAAAUCCUCAUGGGUGAUGACCUGUGCAUAUGCUCCUUCUGGAAACCUUGUGGCCAGCGGUGGUCUCGAUAACAUGUGUACUGUCUACAACCUGAAAACACCCGUAAUCAAGACUGUGAAAGAACUGGAUGCUCACACGGGUUACUUGUCCUGUGCACGCUUCCUCAGUGACUCGGAGGUUCUCACCGCCUCUGGUGAUACCACAUGUGCACUGUGGGAUUUGGAGACUGGAAAGCAGAAGACAGUUUUCCUGAACCAUGUUGGUGACUGUAUGUGUCUGUCUCUGUCUCCGGACAACAAUUCCUUCGUUUCUGGUGCUUGCGACUCUCUGGCCAAGCUGUGGGACAUCAGGGAUGGCCAGUGCAAGCAAACCUUCCAGGGUCACACGAGUGACAUCAACGCCAUUUCAUUCUUCCCCAGUGGCAAUGCAAUUAUCACUGGCUCGGAUGACUGCACGUGCAAGAUGUAUGAUAUUCGUGCGGAUCAAGAAGUGAUUGGCUACCAGGAUGCUGCCCUGAACAGCGGCGUUACAUCACUGGCUCUGUCCAUGUCUGGCCGCCUCAUCUUUGCUGGCUACGAUGACUUCAACUGCAAUAUUUGGGACUCGCUAAAGGGCGAGAAAGUGGGUGUGUUGUCUGGCCAUGACAACAGGGUGAGCUGCACUGGAGUACCACCAGAUGGCAUGUGCGUUUGCACUGGCUCAUGGGACAGCUUCUUGAAGAUUUGGAACUGAGCUGGACCCUGAGAACCAGAUGAGAAGAGAAUGAGAAAGAGAGAGGAUGAGAAAUUGAGAAUGAAAAAUUCUAAGCAACAGAAAAAUCUCACACACACACAAACAUAAAAAGGUCCAUCUGUAUGUGUGGGAUUUCUGGAAGACUGGGUUUUAUUAGAAUAUUUAAAUGGAAUAUUUAAUUGUAAAAUAUAAGUUACAACAAACACAGGAAGUUUGCAUUAUUGUUAUCAUAACAUGACAAUCUCAUGACAGCAACAAUUUGACUUGAAAUUAUAGUAUUUUUGAAAGCUUAAAAAUGAGGAAAAUGAAUAAUCAUUUAAGAAUUUAAAAUAUAGUUUUAAUUUUUUGUCUGUUAAAUACUCUCCUCAUUAGAUGAAAGUUUGUAUAACUAUUUUUAUUUAUUAGAAAUGAUGAUAGAAUGCAGAAGAAACUGUACAGUGACUUUUCCCAACAACCACAUGGACUGUCUGAGAUCUGAUGUAUGGCUCUUCGAUGCUGUUGGCGACUUUAACCUGGCAUGCAGUUGGAUUUUAAUUUCUAACAAACUUCCCGAAGUCCUCUAAAUGGCACAUUAUGCUAAAAAAUAAAAUGUCUGUAUUUACUUCUUUCAUCUUUUUGUAGGACUUUUACAUACAAGACAGUUCCUUUUAAAUGUUGCAGUGGUUACUCAAAUACCUUUCUAAUAAACAUAGUAUU